AUGCCAAAACCUGCAACUCAUCGUACCAGCACACCGGCGCAUCUCUCUUCGUCGUUCUCAACUCUCACUCCCAAGUUGUCAUCCAAGUUGCUGCCGCGCUGUCGUUCGUCUCCCUCCCCCAAGCCCCGUGCUCGUGGGAUAGUAUGCUGCAAGGCCCCUGCCCCCUGGCCGCUGUUUCCUUUUCUCCGCAGGAUCCCCGACUGGGCAGAUGACAUCAAGGAGAGAGGGAUGCGGAAGUCCCGCUCCCUCUAUACCCACGACCACUGGGUGGAGCAUCGCAGCUCCCUCCGUCAUCUACGACACCUCCUUUCGAGUCUAUCUUCUCGCGUUAUCCUCUCCUUGAUUCCCCCGGUGUUUACGCUCACUGCCGUAGCUGCAACCCUAGCCGCGUACAAUUCGGCAGUGUCGGCUGGAUGGCUCCCCGAGUUCCUCCCGCUACUGAGGGCGUCUCCACUUCCCUACCAGCUUACAGCCCCAGCUCUGGCAUUGCUGCUGGUGUUUCGGACGGAGGCAUCGUAUUCGAGGUUUCAGGAGGGCAGAAAUGUGUGGAUCAAGGUGAUGGUAGGGACAAACGAGUUGGCUGGGAUGGUGAUAUCCUUAGGCAGCAGUGAGCACUCUGUUGACGCCGACACAAAGAGGGCACUCCUGAGUUAUAUAAUGGCAUUUCCUGUUGCUCUUAAGGUUCGAAGUCGAUUUAUCUAUGCACUUUUUCUCAGAGAUCAUAGCAACAAGUCACUACAGCUUCAUGUCAGAAUUUUUAUGAAUCGUCUGUCCUUGUUUAUCUCUUAACGUCCUAUUGGAAACUAAUCAGUUCUCAACCCAAUAACCUCGAGCUAUUGUGGAUUAACGUCUCAUCUGACCUUCUGCAUCUUCUUCGAACUCAGAGACGUUGGCCAACUACGAGCAAAGUCAAAUAACUCUAGGCUCACUUAGGCUUGAUUUGGGUUUUCUUCAAUCUCGUGCUCUUUUCUUGGAAGGUUCGUGAGUGAAUGCCUCCCCUUGGACUUGACCCACUGAGGUUCAUUUUGAUCUGAUCCGCCCAACUUAGGUAGGGAAUAAUGGAUUUUAAAGGCUGCUAGAAAAUCCUUAUUCGCCUCAUUGUUUAAGUUCUUAAUAGUAAGCGCAGAAUUUCACAAAUUGACGUAAUUUGAGGAAAAAUGUGUCAGCAAGCAGAGUAGGUAAUACUCUAGUUAAGAAAUCGCAUAGGAUAUUAUGUCAGCCUGGUGCCUGUUCUGUUUAUGUUUAUUUUUAGAAAAAAGAUAUAGAUUCAAUAGAGUCAACCAGGUCUAUCCUAUUAAUGCUCUCAACUAAGGGUACAAGUGUAACCUCAGCUGUUCUCUCCUCUUUCAAUGUUCGGCACUGAGCUUUCAGUUUGCAAUUACUCUGUGAAGAGUAUUUCGUUUUCUUGGUCCACCAUAAACCAUGGGUAAUCAUGGUAAUGCCUUGGCACCCUAGACGGCUCUGUACUGAAAUUACGUCACAAUGAUUUCAAAUUUAGUUACUUGUUUUUGAAUUUUAUUUUGAUGUGUGGGUGACGCGGAUUGUUCUAAAAUACCUAGAAGUUGGGGGAAAAGGGAUUUUAGGAAAAUGGCUCGAAUCGGAUUGACCCAGAUUGGUUAGUACCAACCGUCAGGCUGUUUUUUGGGCUUCCUUUGGCAACUCUGUAGUUCAUCAACUCAUCAUUGUCUGCCUGCCUGCUUUCAGACUGGAUGUUUCCAAAUCUCAUUAGUUUCUCGGUGUGAUGUGACUUAAUGUCUCUACAUUACCACUUUUUGAAUAUUUAGUAGGGUUUUUGGCCCAUUACUUGUGUAGAAGGUUUGACCAUCUGUUCGGUAUUGCAUUAGUUUUCCUUUCUACCAAACACUCAAGGGCUCAUCACCUCAUGCUUAUCUACCUGCUGAAACGCCCAGCAUUCUUUCACAUACUAUUUGGUCUUCUCCUUCUCUUCUGAUUAAAAGUCCAUGACACCAUCCAAAUGGGCAUCACUUGUUAGUCUUCAUCAGUUUUCAAUGAACCAUCAUUCUGAGGCAUUUCAUUUCUUUGGUUAUCUCACAUGCCAAUAGAGUGAUGUUCACCUAGUCGACAUUCUAUCCAUGUGAAAGGUUUUUUUUCAGAAAUUAAAUGAUUUUUUUGUUUUAAAAAAUAGAAUUUUAUGGCUAGAAUAAAUAGUUAUCAUGUUUGAAUAAAUGAGUUUCAUCAUUACUCAAAUAUAAUAAACGUCACUUUUCACAGUAUUAAUAGACAUGCAUUUUUUAAUGCAGUGCCAUGUUAUUUAUAACUCAGAUAUCAUCGCAGACCUGAAAAGUAUUCUUGAUGAGGAUGAUUUAGCGAUCAUUCUAAGAUCAAAGCAUCGACCUCGCUGUAUCAUUGAGUUUAUUUCACGGAGCAUUCAGCUGCUGCACACAGAAGAGGCAAAGAGAUGCGUCAUGGUAAAUUCUAGCGACCUCCUGAGAACCUUUUAUCCCCAAUUCUGCAUAGUCUUGGUCUUCAAGUUAAGUUCAUGAUCGUGAUGAAACCCUUUUCACUCUGUCUUCAGCAAGUUGCUGAGAACCAAUUGACAUAUUUUUAUUUAUAUAUAAUGUAUCUAGGUAGUUAAUAUUCCGUCGUUUGUAUUAACAAGUUUAAGCUACUUCUUUUCGGUCUAAUGAGGAAAUUAUGCUAUCAGUAAUAAUUACCUCCAUAUAUUCUCGAAAUAAGUUUCUUCCAUAUUAAUUCAAUUUCCACUUUUCCCCUUAAACUUUUUAUUUUGCAGACAGUUCUUGUUUGGUUUUCUUCCACUAGACAGCCUAGACACGAAAGUUUUAGAGAAAAAUUUCAUGGGUUUCCCUCUGUUCAUAUUUAUAUCUAUAAGUUGCUUACUAAAUUGAGAUUUUGCCCCGACAGGUGAUUUUCAGGUGCUAGAUUUGUGCAUAUGUUCGUUAAAAUCCUCACCUUCUUUCUAUAGUUUAUUUUCUUUCUCAGUUCCGUGUAUCGGCAUCUGUUUAAGUUGAUAGUUUUCUUUUUGUAUUAUUCAUCUUGCUGUUGUUGUAUUUUCCAUGCUAUUUGUAAUAUUAUUGCCAUGAAUAAAAUAGUGGCCUUCAAAACCUUAUAAAGAGUGAUGGACAUGCGAACGGGUUAAGAAUUAGGAGCAUGCUCCAGCAGUUUUCAUAAUACUUUUUCAAAUUGAGACAGUUUUCCUUCUCCCUUUCAAACUGCGGUGCCGUUUUUGGCUGUAAUCCUGAAAACUAUCUUCUGAAUGGUCGUACCAUGAUCAUUGAUGAGGGCAUUCUUGUAUUGACUCUACUUUUCAGUGAACAGACUUUCUGCUUCUCCUUGCAGGAGUCAAAGGUCUUCAGUUUCCAUGAAGGCAUCUGUGUCUGUGAACAACUCAUGGGAAUCCCCAUCCCUCUUUCGUACACACGUUUAACAUCAAGAUUUCUAGUCCUAUGGCACCUCACGCUUCCUGUAAUACUUUGGGAUGACUGCAACUGGAUUGUGGUUCCUGCUACGUUCAUUAGUGCGGCCUCCUUGUUCUGCAUUGAGGAAGUAAGCUCUUUUUCCUCAUCCGGUGAUGAGUUUUCUGUGGUCUUUAAGAACUGCAUUUAAUUAGUUGAAGAUUGAUGCUUGAAACUCAUAUGCUUGCCUUCCGCAUGAGAGCCAUGGAUAUUCGAUUUGGUAGUCGACCCUUCAUCUUUUCUGGAGGGAAUCUCAUGGGUUCAGGACAUAUAUGCCUCUUGCCGAAUAGCCCUGAGCGUAGACCUGUAGAGUGCACCUUCAUCAGCUUAGAACGAGUUGACCGCAUGCUCAUUAAUCAAUGAAACUGCCCCAUCCCAGACAUGGUAUGUGCCGAUUCCUCUCGUGAAAGAUCAGCCCAUGAAUGUGUACAAUAGAAGACACGGAAAAUAUGAACACCUACUCUAUGGAAAACAAAAUAAUUAGUCUCCGUCCCUCUUUUGGUGAAUGCUUGUUCCGUUGCCUUAUGCUCGUGAUUGAACAGGUGGGCGUUCUCAUCGAGGAGCCCUUCUCCAUGCUCGCCAUCGACGAGCUGUGCGAGCAGCUCCUGGGCACCAUUCGGGAAGCGCUGGCCAUGCAGAGCUUAGUUCACGACCAGGUCCUCGCCAAGAGGAAGACCCACUUGGAGGAGAACUCCCCUAAUGGCCGACCAUGCUCAAGCUCCUAG